UCUAUUCUAUCGGGUCAUGACUGGGUUAUGCAUACCCUUAAUAUUCCAAAAGAUUGCUAUGACAUGUUUAGGAUGAGUAGACCACUUUUUGAUACCCUUCAUAAUUUAUUGGUGUCAUCUUAUGGUUUGAAGUCAAGUAGUAACAUGAGCUCCAUUGAAGCUUUAGGCAUGUUUUUAUGGACUAUUGGGGCUCCUCAGUCAUUUACUCAAGUGAAAAACCGAUUUGAGAGGUCAAAGGAAACAAUUAGUAGGAAAUUCAAUGAAGUGUUGGAUAGUAUAUAUCUUAUGUCAAUAGAUGUUGUGAAACCAAGGGACCCAGAGUUUACAAUGGUGCAUCCAAGACUUCAAGGUUCUCGUUUUGCACCAUAUUUCAACAAUUGCAUAGGCGCAAUAGAUGGUACUCACAUACCCGUUGUUGUGCCUGCGGCAAAAUUGGUUCAACAUGUGGGACGUCAUGGAUAUUCCACUCAAAAUGUGUUGGCUAUAUGUGACUUUGACAUGAGGUUUACUUUUGUUGUUGCGGGAUGGCCCGGAUCGGUCCAUGACAUGAGGGUGUUCAAUGAUGCUAUACAGAAAUAUGCCGACAAGUUCCCAUUUCCUUCACAUGGAAAAUUUUAUCUUGUUGACUCGGGCUAUCCUAAUCGAACGGGUUUUUUAGCUCCUUACAAAGGGACAAAAUACCAUUUACCGGAGUUUCGACAAGGCCCACGUCCUAGUGGCAAGAAGGAGGUAUUCAACUAUUUGCAUUCAUCUCUUCGCAAUGUGAUUGAGCGCUCAUUUGGUGUUUUGAAGAUGAAGUGGAGAAUUUUAUUGGACUUACCAAGUUAUCCUAUGCUAAAGCAAACAAGAAUAAUACAUGCAUGUAUGACUCUUCAUAACUUCAUUCGAGAUAGUGUUAUGAGUGAUGAAGAUUUUGACAUGUGUGAUCAAGAUGAAAAUUAUAUGCCAAUACCCUCUCAAGGGAGUGGUGAAAAUAGUGAAUUAGGAGAAGAAGAGGGAGAUAUGAAUAUCUUCCGUGAUAACCUUGCUAAUGCUUUGUAUGCUAUGAGAGAGUAG